AUGCGAAUUUACCUAGAACAGCUUUCCCGCGGACUUUCCAAAUCAGAGUUGGCUAAAGUUGAGAAAGUUGCCUUCGGAAUCAAUUACAACUACGACAGCUAUCUGCUCAUAAACUCCUCCUACGUCUCGCAUUCCAUUUACAUGUUUAUCACUCCUAAGGGUCAUGAGCCGGCUGGUGAUGGGCAUAAGUUCUACCCAGGCUAUGGUAACCAUAUCACGGUAAGCAUGCGCCGAACAAUUAAGCACCAUAAAAAGGAACCAUGCCGCCUCACCGAGUACACCGUAGAAGUUUUUGGUGCUGAUCUCGUAUCUCGACAUAACAGUACUGGUCAAGCAGAGUUCUGUCAUCGCAUUGUUUCACAGAAGCUUUAUGUCGAACGUUGUGGUUGCUACAACCCUUACCUUCCUUUUCCGGUGCUGAACAUAAAGUCUGGAGGGCCCCCUCCUAUUUGUUUCAACAUGACCCUCUUCUCAAUACACGAACUGGCAGAAAAUGAGCGCUGUAUGCAUACCUUGUAUGGCGAGUUUCGUAACGUUUCACAUUACCUAUCUCUACCAGAGGCCCGUCACUGCGAACACUUUCGCAUUAUGACAGAAUGUAAUACUCGGACUUAUGUAAUUGAGGAGCUCUAUCGAGAACGGAUGAUUGAACUAUGGACACAGUCCUAUAAUGAUGCACGGGCAGCAUUCCUGAGGCAGUCCUUCAUGGAUACCAGUCCUGAUGCAGAUAAAAUUAUGCAAUUGCUAGCAAAAAAUACAACUAAUGAACAAAACGAAUACAUGUUUGCUCGGCUUCGGCAAAAUUUUGGACUUUUAACAAUCCGACGCGAUCAAGCACAUGGGAUUCUAGUUUCUGAGGAGCUUGAGUAUCCGCUCUCAGAACUCCUGUCUGACGUGGGAGGUUUGAUGGGCCUCUGGGUCGGAAUAUCAGUAGUUGGUCUGUUUGAGUUCAUAGAAUUGGCAGGCUUAAUUAUAGUAACUGCCUAUUCUUGGCUGACUUCCAACCAGUUUAACGGUAAGCAAGAUGAUGUGAAAAACCAAGAGUAUUGUCAGACAUGGUCAAAAGACGAUAAAGGUGAUAAACAAAUUAUCUCCAUUGACCCACAAAGAGGACAAAAUGUCGUGACCUAUAAGCUUCCCGAUGCAAAGCUAGAUCGACCAAAGCGACGAGAAAGCUGGAAUAGAAUUCACAUAAGCAAUAAGGACUGUGGUGGGAGCAGAUUGAACGAACAAACCACAGUUCAGAAAGACACAGAAACGAUGGUGUGGGAGUUAAAUCUGACUUCUCGUAAAGUAGAAUUUUCCUAUCCCGAGCGGCAAGUUUUUUGGCCGCAUAAAACUAGCUAUGAGAUGACAGGCGAUAAAAGCAGAUCAGAAGCCUUAGUAUUUUGUCCAAGAAAAAUAAUAGAUCAUCAUCGGAACGGCAGCAAUUUUAUCGAAAUAACUGAAUCAUCUCUUGGACAAGAUAACUUAUUGCGUCGAAACUCGUCUUCGUCGUUAGACAAGCUAAGUCAAGAUGCCAAUCUUCUAACCGAAAACAAACAAAACAAAGCCAAACAAGGAUUAAAUGAAAUGUCAUAA